CGCCAUCUCGCACCAGUCGGUCGAACUAAAAUCAGCAUGGGAAAACGAAAACGUGUUGCUGUUGAGAAGCCAGUAAAGGCGAAGAAAAACGAUGAAGUCAUCCUCCCCACUGCCCGUGUAUCAGAUGAACCAGUUUCAAAAAAGACAAAAUGGACAAAUCGACAGAGAGUGUUGGUGUUUUCAUCAAGAGGUAUCACUUUCCAAGCCCGUCAUUUGAUGCAGGAUUUACGGACACUUAUGCCACAAGCGAAGUCAGAUACAAAAUUAGAUAAGAAAGAUCAACUCUUUGUUGUCAAUGAGGUCUGUGAAAUGAAGAACUGCAAUAAGUGUAUCUUCUUUGAAAUGAAGAAGAAGCAAGAUCUGUAUUUAUGGUUAUCCAACACGCCUCGAGGACCAUCUGCAAAGUUUCAUGUACAAAAUGUUCACACGAUGAUGGAAUUGAAAAUGACUGGAAAUUGCUUGAAAGGAAGUAGGCCCCUGCUGUCAUUUGAUAAACAAUUUGAUGAAGUACCCCAGUGGAUGUUACUGAAAGAACUCUUCAUCCAGAUAUUUGGAACCCCAAACCAGCACCCAAAGAGCCAGCCAUUCAUUGAUCAUGUGUUGUCGUUUACUGUCCUUGAUAAUCGGAUAUGGUUCAGAAAUUAUCAAAUCUUAGAAGAAGAUGGCUCAUUGGCAGAAAUUGGUCCUCGGUUUGUCUUGAACCCCAUCAGGAUUUUUAAAGGCAGUUUUGGAGGUCCCACACUGUACCAGAAUCCCCAAUACGUUUCACCAAAUGAGCAUCGGCGAUUACUCAAACGACAGUCCGCUCACAAAUAUGUGGCCCGGAUCAGUGCCAAGAAAUCACGAGAGAGCAGAAAGACUGAUAAAACGUACAAACUUGAUCCGACAGAUGACAUAUUUCAAACUUGAUGGUGAGGAGGAAACUAAAUACUUGGACAGAUGAAAGACUUUUCUGAAUUAUAAUGAAGUCCCUGUAUGUGGAUAUUCAAUCUUCAAUUGUAAAGUCAACAAAGACACAGCCAUUCAGGACUAUUUCUGAUCCAGACUCUUAUAGCUAUUUUGUCAUCAUUCAUUGCCAUUGCCUAAACAGGGUGUGCAAGUCGUGAUGUGAAAUUAAGGAGAUAAAUUCCAACAUGCUUGGAAAUUUUUCACUUCUGCUUUGACUGUAGAAGUGAUGUCAGCCCUUUUUUGAAAUAUUUCAGCGCUGUGUCAUACAUGUACAUGCAGACUCCCCAAGUGAGUGAAAAAUGAUUCUUUUCUAAAUGGCUUGAGCUGUUCAUUGCCAGUUUGUACCUGUAAGAAUACAAUAAAUCCUGAUA